AUGUGCGCAAAUUCUCUACACCUUGCCUCCUCCUCCUCCUCCUCCUCCUCCUCCUCCUCCUCCUCCUCCUCCUCCUCCUCCUCCUCCUCCUCCUCCUCCUCCUCCUCCUCCUCCUCCUCCCCCUCCCCCACUCCUAUGCUAGCUCAGGCACAUCAGGAGAGGCUUUGCAGUGAAGCAGUGGAUCCAGCCGCACCAAAGUCCCUCCUCAUUUUUCUCAUCCCCACCCCUAUCCUAUGCUCGCCCUAUUCCCCCUUCUCCUCUUCCUCCCCGCACUCCCAUGCUGGCUCCAGCACAACAGUCCACCCACCUCCUCUAGCGGAGCUCAAUCAGCACGACGCACCAAUCACAUCGCUCCAAGUGGCCAUCCCUGCCACGUCAGCAUGGCCCCUUGCUGCCUCAGGUUCAGCCAAUGGCGCUGUGCUGCUGUGGGACAUGCGAGCACCCCCCUCGGCCUCUGUCCCAUGGAGCUGCCGCCUCUCCCCUCUCACCACCACUACCCCCACAUCGCCGCUAGCAGUAACAGGGCUGGUGUUCUCAUAUGGGGGUCUCCACGUUACCACUGCUGACUCCACAGGGGGGCUCAGAGUGCUGGAGGUGAGGCUUUAA